UCUUUGGGAAACAACUUCUCAGCAGGAUGGAGAUGCCACCUCGACCAACACUGCUUGACUUCCAUGGAGUCUCCAUGACCAAAUACUUCAUUGACAACUGGGACAAUGUACAGAACUUCAAAGCGAGACCAGAUGAUAUCCUUAUAGCUACUUACCCUAAAGCAGGAACCACUUGGGUGUGUUACAUCCUGGAUCUUCUAUAUUUUGGGCAGACUUGUCCAGAGCGCCAGGCAUCCGUUCCUCUUCACGAGAGAGUGCCGUUUCUGGAGCUCACCAUACCUUCUCAACCCGCAGUCUCAUUAAAACUCAUCUACCAGUCCAGUUCAUACCCAAGUCCUUCUGGGAGCAGAACUGCAGGGUAAAAGCCGUUGAAAUAUGUGAGUUUUUAUUAACCCCACUUAAUAUGAUGCAAAUUAUAACUGACUGUUUUCUCUUUGUGUAGAUAAUCUAUGUGGCUCGUAACGGAAAAGAUAAUGCA